ACAUAUCCAACUUUCAGAGAACGUAUUGAAUCAGAAAAAUUCAACGCUCGCCGGAAAAGUCGCCGGAAAAUCAUCGGGAAAGCCUAUCCUCGACAUAUACUGCGUACACGCAUCCACGAAUCAUCACUAAGCAGGUGCGUAAUUUUUUUGUAGUUUCGAACAAUUUUUCCGACGAUUUGAAACGAACAGACGGUGGGCCGAAAAAUUCCGGCGGUCGGAACCUGGCCGGGCCGAAAAAUUCCGGCGACCGGAACAAGACUGGGCCGGCGGAAAUCGGUGGCCGGAACCAGGCUGAGCCACAAUAUAUUUUCGGAUCAGCCUGGCUUCGGCCGCCGGAAUUUUUCGGCCCGGCCAGGUUCCGGCCACCGGAAUUUUUCGGCCCGGCCAGGUUCCGGCCGCCGGAAAUUUUCGGCCCACCAUCUGUUUUUGGAAUUUUUCGUAAAAAUUCGAUUUUAGUGGGUACUGGUUGCCAGUUUCAGAUAUGUAUUAAGGAAGUAUGGCAAAAGAAUGGUCCAAACACAUGGGUCAUAGUGGGAGUGACAAGUCGUGAAACCGGAGCUAAUAGAGGGUUUCACAACCAUGAAAAGGUGUUGUAUCCAGAACAUCACCGACACAACAAACAGUUUAGUGAGGCUGAAAAAGAGAGGUUAAGAUUAAUGAGGAAGGCGGGGGUGAGACCAAAUCAGCAGAAGACGACACUCAAUACUGAAGGGGGUGUGCAUCAUGAUAUCAAACAGAUGUACAACAUAAAUUCCAAGACAAGAUUGGAUGAGAUGGGUGAAAUGGAUGUGAUACAGUUUGCGCUUUACGGAGCUGAACAGCGUGGGUACCAUAUCUGUUUGCAAAAGGACUCUAAUAAUGUGCUCACUAAUCUUUUUUUUGCGCACCCGACGUCCAUUCAGAUGUUGCAUGCAUGGCCGUACGUCAUCCUCAUUGACUCGACCUACAAGACCAACAGGUACGGCUGGCCAUGGGUUGAGAUUAUUGGGGUUACUCCAGUCAAGAAGAAUUUCAACAUUGCAUGUGCAAUUAUUAAGCAGGAAACAAAGGAAACAUAUGAGUGGCUGCUGCGAUGUAUUAAAGGGUUGCUCGGUGAUACGGUUCCGAAUGUCAUUGUGACAGACAAAGAAGGUGGUUUGCUUGCUUCUAUUCCUGUGGUCUUCCCUCUCCCACAUACUGUCCACCUACUAUGUUUAUGGCACGUCAACAACUGUGUGAAGCAAAAGUUUGAAAUAUUACUGGGUGGAAUUGCAAAAAGAGAGAUAGCACAAGCGGUAUGGAAGAAAUAUUUCGACAAAGCUGCAUGGAGUUGGACUUAGGAGGGUUUUCUUCAAAAGAUUAAUGGGUUUGAGAGGGUCUGGACAGAGAAGAACAUAAAAAUGGUCGACUACGUGCGAGGUGAGUGGUUGCCUCAUCAGACAAUGUGGGCAAAGUGCUACACGAACCAUGUGUUUCAUCUUGGUAACACGAGCUCGAAUAGAGUUGAGUCAUCUCACUCUUCAUUCAAGAUUUUCCUUGUGUCUGGUAGAUGAGCGAUCGACACUUGUUUUGCGAAGAACCACAACUACAUGGAACAUCAGUUUCUGGAAGUGGUGAAUGAACUGCAAAAGUCACU